CCAAGCAGGCAUCUGGGUGCAAAUCUGCAGUAACUCUUUCUCUUGGUAUGGUUGGAAAUCUGUUUCUUUCUCCCCAGCUGGGGACGUGCACUCUGCCCAUGCCCUGGAGACACCUUCUCUGUCUGCCUUACAGAAAAAAUGGAUCCAGAAGAUGCUGAAGAGGUGGCCGCUGAAUUGCAGGGCAAGAAAAUAGAUGGCUGGGGUGUUUUACAAAUUGCAGCCGGCACAGGCUUGACGGUUUAUGUCGUGUGGGCAGGAAUUCUUAUGCCCGGUUUCCGCAAGGUGCCCUUAAAACUGCAGGUCCCCUACGUCCCAGCAAGUGCUAAACAAAUCGAGAACGUGAUGCAGUUACUCAAAGGCCGUUCUGGGAAGAUCGUAGAUCUGGGCUCUGGGGAUGGCAGAAUUGUCCUGGAAGCUUACAAACAAGGCUUCAGGCCAGCUGUUGGCUAUGAACUCAAUCCAUGGCUGUUGCGACUUUCCAACUAUCGUGCAUGGAAAGCUGGGUGUUACGGAAAAGUUUCUUACUACAAGGAAGACCUUUGGAAGGUGAACUUAUCCGAUUGUCGGAAUGUAACUGUCUUCCUGGCACCUAGUGUGCUGAUGCUUCUGGAGAAAAAGCUACUGACGGAACUGCCAGAAGAAGCUCGGGUGGUGGCUGGGCGGUUUCCUCUCCCCAACUGGACCCACACUGACACAGCUGGGGAAGGUGUGAACCAAGCCUGGGCCUACGAUGUCCAGGUGGUCCGGCAACUGAAGAAGGAUGAACCAGAAGGGAGCCCAGUGUGAGAACAAGUCACCUUGGACAGGCCAAUUUCUCAACAAAAACAAAAACCCACUCAUCUUUGCUGAGGUGUCCCUUUCUCCAUUGGGGUGGGGUGUCUCCAUUUUUCCAUUCUCCAUUCGGUGGUGCAGUGGUUAGAGUGCAGUACUGCAGGCUACUUCUGCUGCCUGCCAGCUGCCUGCAAUUUGGCAGUUCGAAUCUCACCAGCUCAAGGUUGACUCAGCCUUCCAUCCUUCCGAGGUGGGUAAAAUGAGGAUGCAGAUUGUUGGAAGGCAAGAGGCUGACUCUGUAAACCGCUUAGAGAGAGCUGUAAAAGCACUAUGAAGCGGUAUAUAAGUCUAAGUGCUAUUGCCCUUCCUUCCUUCCUUCCUUCCUUCCUUCCUUCCUUCCUUCCUUCCUUCCUUCCUUCCUUCCUUCUUUCCUUUCCUUUCCUUCCUUCCUUCCCAGUGGUUAGAAUGCAGUAUUGCAGGCUAACUCUGCCAACUGCCAGCAGUUCGAUCCUGACUGGCUCAAGGUUGACUCAGCCUUCCAUCCUUCCGAGGUGGGUAAAAGGAGAACCCAGAUUGUUGGGAGGCAAUGUGCUGACUCUGUAAACCGCUUAGAGAGGGCUGCAAAAGCACCAUGAAGCGGUAUAUAAGUCUAAGUGCUGCUGCUAUUGCUGAACCAACAGCCUAUUUAAGCUAGGGAGUGAUUGGUCUUUAGAAGGGGGGGAAAAAAACCCCAUUCUCCCUCCUCUCUCCUUCAACAUUCGGCAGAAAGGGCAAUGCUCUAGAAUUUUUGCCCAAAGAUUGGUCAGCAAAAUCAUUCAUUUGGGACCGAUGUGCCUGUUUAUUCUUCCGAUUUGCAAAUUGCAGUGAUCUUUGCGGUGCCUGUUUUUCUUUCUGUCUGUUUAAUCCGAGCAUCAUGCGAAUCCUUAUCUUCUCAAAUCCAAUUGAAUGGUGGGCUGGCAGAAGGAAUACAGUAGUGGCCAAAAUUGUGGAAACCUUUUGGGAAAAGUGUAUUUUUGAGGUUGGAUGGCUAAUAACACCACUUUUUUUUUCUUUUUUUUUUUUUUUGAGUUUCAAGAUAAUCCUAUUCCACUGCUGGAAUGGCCUGGGAAUAGCCCAGACCUUCACCCAAUUGAAAAUCUAUGGAGCCGACAAAAGAAACUUGUUAAUCAGAAGCGACCCAGCAAUAAAACCCAGUUAAUAGAAGCAAUCUUUCAAUCUUGGUUUCACAUGAUAACAGCUGCAGAACUCAAAGACUUGGUUCACUCCAUGGGAAGACGUUGUAAGGCCGUAAUUUAUGCUAAAGUUACCCAACUAAGUAUUAACUGACAUGGGGAUCAUUUUUGUAUAUCUCGUUUUUUCCUAUGGUGAUCAUUUUUGUAUAUCUCAAUUUUUCUACGUGUUUCACUUUUCUUCUUUAUACUGUAACCGCUAUUCUAAUAGCAAAUCCUUCCUAAAAGUGAUUGCAUUACAUUCUUGAUUCAAUUAUCUUUCCAUUGAUAUAUAACUUUAUGGUACUACUCCAAAAAAAGUGGUGUCAUUAGCUAGUUUUAGAAAAGACACUUUUCCCAAAAGGUUUCCACAAUUUUGGCCACUACUGUAUAUUAAUAGUCCUCUAAAUUGCACACAAACAUGGACGUAUCCCUCCUUGAGUGACAUGUUGGUUAGUUGCUUUGGUUGGAGAUCACUUGUGAAAGCAAUCAAGUUUCAUAGACUUUAAUAAGAACACCAGUGGUUGAUGGGGAAGACUCGGUAGAAGACAGAAGAGAAGAGAAUGCAGUUCUGUUUCUUAAACCUUAUUUCUGAAGGCCAGCAGAUGAUGAAGAAGACUUGGAAUAGGAUGGAAUGGAAGAGAAGGCAAUUCAGUGGGAAAUACAGGUAGUCCUCGACUUACGACUACGAUGGAGCCCAAGAUUUCUGUUGUUAAGUUAAUUUUGCCCCAUUUUACGACCUACUUUAUUUAUUUAUUUAUUUAUUUAUUUAUUUAUUUAUUUAUUCAUUCAUUCAUUCAUUCAUUCAACUUGUAUACCGCCCUUCUCCCCAAGGGGACUCAGGGCGGUGAACAGCCAAACUUAAAACACAUAUAAUACAAAAGUUAAGGAAAAAACUAAAAAUAAAUUAAAUCAUCGGCAUUUCCAAUUUAAAAUCCCAGAUCACAAAAUCGAAAAGUUCCCAAUUUAAAACCCAGAAUCAAUAAAAUCGAAAAUUUAAAAACCCCAUUAAAACCAUUUUAAGCUAGGCCAGCUUGCUGGAAUAAAUUUCAGGGCCUUUCGGAAAGCGCGGAGGUCCGGGAUCAGUCGUAUUCCAGGAGGUAGCUCAUUCCACAGGUUGGGUGCCCCCGCAGAGAAGGCUCUCCCCCUGGGGGCCACCAGCUGACACUUGCCACUGUUGUUAAGUGAAUCAUUGAAGUUGUUCAGUUAUGUUGUGAUCUGCCAGCAACCUGCGGAGCUGGCAGAGGAGUCGGAGAAUGAGGAGGCUGGGGAGGAACAUGGGCCAGUCCUGGAGUCUGGGGAAGGCCCGGACGAGGCCCCUCCCAUAAGGCUUGAAAGUGGAGCGUGGGCACUUUGCAGGAAAGCAACAUGUUUUUGCAACUAAUCGGGACUCAGCUGUGAAUGAACGUAAUUCACAGCAAUUGCAGUAAAAGAGGUUUUUGGGGCUACUCUUGUGUUUCAAUGACUCAGGAAGCUUAGGUCACAACAAAUUAGUCACACGGUUGUUAAAUGAAUCUGGCUUCCCCAUUGACUUUGCUCAUCAGAAGACCGCAAAAGCUGAUCACGUGAUCCUGGGACACGACAGGCGUCAUAAAUAUGAGUCAGUUGCCAAGCAUCUGAAUUUUGAUUACGGGACCAUGGGGGUGCUGCAACGGUCAUAAGUGUGAAAAACAAUCAUAAGUCCAUUUUUUCAGAGCCAUUUUCACUGAAUGGCCACUAAAUGAACUGUCAUAAGUUGAGGACUACCUGUAUGUUCUUUGUGGGUUAUUCAAGAGCUCAUGUCAUGUUGGGUUGACUGUCCAAACAUGAGCUUCAGAUUCAUGUCUCCCCAAAUUACUUAGUGAACAGUCUGGGGUUGCCUGUUGUAUCUUGAUCUGCCCUACCUUGCAAGUUUGCUGUGAGGAUAAAGCGAACGUUGGUGCUAAA